AUGGCGCAUCUCCUACGCGGAAAGCAAGCCGGUAUCCAGAAUGACCUGUCCGCCGGCCUAGGACCUCAUCUUUUUGUCCUGGACGAUAUCAAGCGCUUCGGUAUCAACUCGCAGAUAUCCCAGAUAGCCUACGACCCCGUGCAAGCCCUCCUAGCUGUAGGGACGAAUGAAACCCAGUUUGGAGCCGGCCAGAUCUACGUCUUCGGACAGCAGCGCAUCGACGUAGUACUACCACUGCCCCGCCGGGCCUCGGUGAGGAUCCUGCAGUUCUGCGGCGACAAGAUCAUUUGCCUGGAUGCGAAGAACGAUCUCUCCAUAUUCUCUCUAGAGACAAAGCAGCUCAUUGCCUCCUACUCCCCUCCCGCCAAGAUUUCCGCCGUGCACAGCGACCCUACACUCGACUACGUGCUGUUGGGGACACAAACGGGCGACAUACUGGCCUACGAUCUCGACCGCGAGAACCUUGCGCCUUUCAAGAUCCCAAACUUCUGGCGAGAACAGAACCCUCGAGCGCGGCUUACACCCGUCGUGACUAUUUCCUUCCACCCACGAGACAUCGGCACAUUGUUAAUCGGCUAUAGCGACGGCGCCGUCAUAUACUCUUUCAAGCAGAAUAAGGUGUUGAAGUCCUUUCAGUAUGAGCUACCUCGAGGUGCGCCAGGCGGGGACUCGGAUCCCUCGUCGAUCAACAUGGCCCGAAAGCCGGCAUUAACACAAGCGAUUUGGCAUCCCACUGGCACCUUCAUAUUGACCGGGCAUGAGGAUAGCAGUCUUGUGUUCUGGGAUCCAAAAGACGGACGGGUCGUCAUGGCUAGGACUUUGUCCGACACAAACGUGGACAAACCAGGUGGAGGAAGCACCACUCAUGGAGUAUCCCCAGGGACUUUCGCUUUCAAGGCACCUCUUUUCCGGAUCGCUUGGUGCGCGAACCAGGAUCCCGACGACACAGCUAUCCUCUUUUCUGGUGGUGCUCCAACUACAUUGCCUACUAAAGGACUCACUUUACUCGAGCUCGGUCGCACACCUGUGUACGCGACAUCAUCAUGGCAAGUGCUAUCAGACCAUUUCGAGUCGCCGAAGCGCCAAAGAAUUCUACCUACCCCUGCCAACGCUGAAGUGGUAGACUUCUGCCUCAUUCCUCGAUCGUCCCCACAUUUCGCAGGAGCACAUGAUCCCAUUGCUGUGCUGGCCCUGCUUUCUUCCGGCGAAGUUAUCACUUUAAGCUUUCCAAGUGGCCUGCCCAUAUCGCCCACUAACCAGCUUCACCCUUCAAUGACAUUCGUCCACCCGUUCAUCACACACGCAAAUCUAGCUCCAAUCGAGCGAACAAGGUGGCUGGGAAUGACUGAAAGAAGGGCACAUGGACCACCUAUACUCAGGGGAGGCGCCGAAGCUAGGCAUCCUUUGAAGCGUUUCGAGAGCCGAAACAUAGUCCAGACCGCUCAUGCAGAUGGCACAAUCCGAUUAUGGGAUGCUGGACACGGAGAUGAGAUUGAGAACGAAGCUCUUCUCCAAGCCAACGUCAAUCUUGCAGUCGGCCGUUACGACGCUGUUGAUGUCGCCCUCGUCUCUCUUUCUGGUGCCACUGGAGAAUUGGCUGUUGGGCUGAAGACUGGCGAGGUUGUUAUGUUCAGAUGGGGACACAACAAAAAUGCUGGAAGAGAACCUCCACCGCCAACUCAAAAUACUCCAAAGAAGUUAACCAAUAUCACUGAGCGGCAGGACCCAGCUUUGACAGAAGGUCUUCUUCCGUUCACCUUACUGAACGAACAGAAUGGCCCGGUUUCGGCUUUGAAGAUGUCCGAUGUGGGGUUCGUGGCUGCUGGAUUUGAAGGUGGCAGUUUGUCGGUCAUCGACCUUCGCGGUCCGGCAAUCAUCUACAGUGCCAAUGUACAAGAUUUCGUCAAAAGCGACAAGCGAGGAAGCUUCCGAAGAAGCGGUAGUCAGGGCGCCGCAAAAGUUCAGUGGCCAACAACACUAGAGUUCAGCGUCAUGACUCUUGAUGGUGAUGAUUAUUCGAGCAUUCUCCUCCAUGUUGGUACAAAUCUAGGCCAAAUAGCUACAUUCAAGCUUCUUCCGGAUUCCAGCGGCCGAUAUUCCGUCCAAUUUGCCGGUUCAUCCUCCCUCGAUGACAGGGUAAUCCGAAUCGCGCCCCUCACUGCUGAGACAGGCCGGCCUGCGCAUGCAUCGCAAGGAGCAGUGUCGAAUCUCCGAAGCGGAAUCAAAGUGAACGGUGUGCUGCUCGCCGUCACGCAAUCCGGCGUCCGAUUGUUCAAGCCCGCGGCGCAGAGAGGCGCUCAUAAAACGUUUGACUCAGUUCUAUGUGACUCCGCCGCCGUCGUUCGGUACGAAGAGAUGGGUUAUGCUUUACUUGGACUUUUUGGCGACGGAUACGCCAGAGCCUACUCCAUCCCGGCUCUGAAAGAAAUUGGAUCCGUCAAAUUGAGCGACACUCUCGACAUUCGCCGAUUUUCCGAGGCAAAUAUCACGAGUACGGGAGAUAUCUUAGCAUGGAAAGGGCCUGCGGAGAUGGCCUUGGUCAAUGUGUUUGGCACUGGGCUUAAACUUAAUCAAUCAAAAGACAUUUUAUUCAAUCCACAACUUACCAUCCCCCCGAGGCCUACAAUUUCGAAUCUGCAAUGGAUUUCUGGAACUCAGUACAUCACUCCAUCGGACAUGGAUUUGCUUAUUGGUGGACCAGACCGCCCACCUUCGAAACGAAUGCUAAUGCAGGCACGAGCCGACGAGCAACAACGACGUGCUGACGCUCGAGGACCGCAUACUGCAUCCAGCUCUGCAGCUGGUGGAUCAGAUGAAGCUUGGGGGGCGUAUCUGCAGCGUCAACUCAAUGAGAGGACGGAAAAGUUGGGCCUUGCCGGAGAUUCGAUGGACAAACUGGAGAGCAAUAGUGCGGGAUGGGCAGACGACGUGGGCAAAUUCGUGCAGAAGCAGAAGCGGAACAUGGUUCUUGGUGCCGUAAAAGGGAAAUUCGGGUUCUAG